AUGUCAGAAGCGAGCGGCUUGCACGAUGAUGCAGCAACGGCACCAGCCACAACAGUUGAGGAGUAUGAUGCCUUCCUUUCCGAGUUGAUGUCCACCAGGCCCGAUCUCAUCCCGACAACUCCCAGGUUCGCCAGUUUGCAGAUGGGUGACCGAGUUUCGAUGUUGAAGAGGUCGUUCGUUGAUUUGUACCUCCUAAGGCUAAUCUUCCGGUCCAUGGCGUCGGAGAACAGAUUGAUGUUCAGCGAUUCAAUACUCCUGACGUCAGACGAAUGUCUGUCGCUGGGCUGGAACGAUGACGUCAUUAGAUCUUCCCUCUCAUUGGUGGACCAGUUUAAGAAGUUGAACAUAGACAAGAAUGAGUUUGCUGUUCUUUAUGUACCGAACUUAAUAAACCGCCAGCAAGUUCUGGUUGCGCAGAACAACUUGAUCGCCUGUCUUCAGCACUACAACAACUGCCGCUUCCGUGGGGAUAGGAACCGUCCCGGAAGGAUCAUCAUGAGAUUGGUCAGCAUCCGGUCGACCAGUUCCGGAAUUCUGAAGCAGUUUGUGAAGUGCACUCUGGAGGGGCAUGUUCAGAUGGAUGACUUGGUUAUUGAGAUGAUGAGUUGA